AAAACUGUUUUGUAAUAUCAGUAUGAAGUUGUCCCUCAGACCUUAUACUGCAGCAGAAUCAGUAAGGCCACUUCAAAAUACUUGACUUUAAAUGAAAGAUUUCCAUAAAGAAUCCCACUGAAGUAAAUAAAUGGAUAAAAUGUAUUUUAUUUUAACUUCACUUAAAUUUGAAGGAACAUUUUACAUGAUUAUCGCUGGUUUAACUUCAUUCUCAGCUCAUCAGCAAAUCAUAUUAAAAUCUAUUAAACGUUGUAAGAACAUAAAAAAAACAUCAAUUAAAUUUUUAUCUAUGAGGUAAUCAGUUUAAAAAGCAUUGAUUUUUGUUAUAUAUUUUUAAGGGUUUUAUUGGUUCUAGUGGCCUUUAUUUGAUAGUAAAUUGACAGGAAAGUGGAUAGGGAGAAAGGGGGGAGGACAUGUGGCAAAGUUCACGAGCCAGGAUUUGAACCUGUGACGGCUGCGUUGAGGACUAAGGCCUCCUUAUGUGGGUUGUGUUUAACUCCUGCGCUACCACAGCACCCCAAAAGGAAAAAAACCAAACUUUUUUUUUUAUCUCUUAGAUUAUGAAAUUACCACAAAAAGAAAAGAACUCAUAAAAUUAUUAAUGUCCCAAUCCAUCCGAAGUAAAAUCAAAUUGUGUCACCUUCAAAUUACUUAAUGCUCCUGUCUGAUGCAUUCAAAUCUGUUUUAGUCACAUCGUACAUUUGGAAACAAACAUGGAGACCAUGGUCUGUAUAUUCAUAACUUAUUACCUAGCAAACAAUAAUGUAGCCUACUGUGUGUACUAGCACUAGCUUUUUAAAUAAGAUUUGAUGAGCCUAACCAGGUUUGCUCAGUAUGAUGAACAAACUUGUGAACUGUUCAUCCCUAAACAGCUUCAGUAUGUAUUUCACGAUCUUAGCAAUGGCUCUGAGCGUUGAAAUUUAUGUUUGAUGUGUGAACAUUUUUAACUUGUGUUUCCACCUCAUUGUAAGACAUCAGCAAAUUGUGUGUUAUUCAUAUCUGAGUUGUACCUCUUUUAUUCUGCCUAGCUGGAGGCAGGGAAGCUCUAAAAACAGUGUGUGACUGAGUGAAAGCAGAUGAGGGUCAAGUGGUAGCCCUUCUGAUAAGGAAAAUGAAAUUCCUUUCCAUUUUAUCUUGUUGGAAAAUAGACCUAAUGAAAGUAUGCGAGAUAGCAUGGGGCAGAUCACACCUCAGGCAGACAGAGAUGGCAUGCAUGAAAACAAGAAGAAGUAUUUGACUUCUCUGGAAAAAAGAAACAAGAAACUAUUGUUCCCUUUUGAACUAUAUAUAUACCUAAGCAGAAAAUUAUAUCAGUCAUUAUCUUGUUGAAGUAGGAAUGCUCAAUGUGUGACUGCCAAACUUAGGAAAUCCAAUAGACGUCUGCGCAUCUUGUGAUAACUUCAAUUUUUGUGCUCAAGGAAACAUUUUUUGAAACUCAAAUAUUUAGCUCAAUUAAAGUAAACCUCUCAUUCCAUCUCAGCAUAAGCUGUAUCCGGAUGUAUUAGAGCAGCGCAUGAAUGUCUGUAAUUUCUUCUGCUCUUUCAAGCCACAAGGCCCCUCCCCAUCUCUCACUCCCACUUCUGUCAUCUUGCAGAAGAAGUGGGGAAAGUCAUUAGGCACAGAAAGGGGAGGAGAGAGCAAGUGGUUGCUAUAGCCAUGAAAGUCAGGGCUGAGCUCCACGCCACAGAGAACUGGUGAGAGGACACCACCAGGGAGUAUCUGCACAGGGAGGACAAAACGUUUUCAGCUUAUCAAGCUGAAUAAACAAAUGGCUGACUGUUGGAGAUGCUAGGUGUCAUGAAUGAGGGCUGAAAGACUUUUGAAAGAUCAAUAAAUCCAGAUGAGCGUCGGUGGAGCUUUAACGAGAUUCCAUGAAAUUCAUUUAAAGAUGACAACAACCAUCUGGAGCACAGGCAUUAUUUCUCAUCGACACAAAGUGGAGGAUUUGAGAAAAAACUGAGAACGAUGGGCAAUGCCAUGCGAGGAGUAAUCGCCUUCAUUCCCUCCGAACGCUGCCAGCGCUACUUGGUGGGAGACCUGAAGGAGAUGCCACUGGACCGAACCCUGGAUCUGAGCGGCCAUCAGCUGCGGCGGCUACCUGUCACCGUCUGCAUCUUUGAUGAGUUGGUGAAGCUAUACCUGAGUGAUAACAACCUCAGCAGACUGCCUGACGAACUGCAAGGCCUGAGGAAUUUGCAGCUACUCGCACUGGACUUUAACUGCUUUGAGGAGCUCCCUGCAGCCAUUUGUAGAUUGCACCAACUCACUAUCCUCUACCUGGGCAACAACAGGCUGCAUCGCCUUCCCAGAGAACUAAGAGAGCUCAAGGAACUUAACACUCUGUGGUUGGAGACUAACUGCUUCACCGAUUUUCCCAAGGUAGUUUGUGAGCUUACGAAUCUUAAGACGCUGCACUUUGGUUACAAUCAAAUACGCAGUUUGCCAAAAGACCUGAGGCGACUGGAGGAACUAAAAAGUAUCUGGCUUGCCGGGAACCUCCUGACAGAGUUCCCUCCAGAGUUGCUUGAAAUGCACUCUCUGGCUGUUGUCGAUGUGGAUAGGAAUAAAAUACGACAAUUUCCGAACAUGUCUCACAUGCAGGGUCUGAAACUUGUCAUUUAUGACCACAACCCCUGUGUUAAUGCCCCUAUAGUGGGUGAGGACGUCAGAAGGGUGGGCCGCUGGGCUGGCAAUUCAGACGACGAACAGGAAGAUGAGGGAACCAAAGCACAGAGCGAGGACACAACUGAGAUAGCAGAGGUUCCCUCAGAGGAGAAGCAAAACAAUUUAGGGUGUGAAAACCAGGCAACUUAAGUGGAGGCCGAAAAGCGGUCUGUCAUGAGAAACAUGCUUCCGCUGCUUGGCCAACAUAUAGAGAGGACUAUUGCCUCAGAGUAGUCCUAAAUGUUACCUGCAAGAGAAUUAAUCACAAUUUUGGAAGUGGAAAAGUUUUGUGUGCCUUAAAAUAUUAGGAUCGAUGGAGAAACAUAUACUCACUGCCCGGUUUAUUGGUAACUACUUCUGUCUUCAGAGCUGCCUUAAUUUUUCCUAUCAUAUAUUAAACAAUGUGUCUGAAACAUUCCUCAGAGAUUUUGGUCAAUGUUGACAUGACAGGCAUCAUGAAGUGAAUUUCUCACUCUACACAUCCAAAAUGUACUCUUGUGGAUCCAGAUCUGGAAGACAUUGAAGUACAAGGGACUUAUUGCCUUAUAAAAUAAAUGUGUUGAGAUGCUUUGAGUAUUUUGACAUGGUGCAACAUCAAAAUUAUCUUUUGUUUGUUUUUUGUUUUUUUUGCCGAAAGGGAUUUUGGCAAAAAAAAAAAAAAAAUCACCCAACCUCUUUUUUCCAAAAGCUGUUUAAGGCAAAAAAAAAAACAACAACAACAAAAAAACAUAGAUAGGUGGUGAUUACUUUUCUGAGCCUCAGCAAAUUGUCUUCACCACCCUUAAUUUGGUUGUUAAUUGUGUUAACAAGCAAUUAAAACUGUGUACCUAAUAAAGUGGCUGGUGAAUACACGUUAACAAUUCCAACAAAUUCAAUGUUUUUAGUGAAAAGGUUUGACUUCUUUUAUUUUAAAGUGGAAGACAGUAUUUCAAAUUAUUUUAAUGGUAUUUAUAACUGCAACUUUGUAGUUUUUCUUGCAACAUUGUCUGUGUUUGCAGGACAGCAAUACAUAUUUUUCUCUUACUCUAACUAUGCAUGUUGCUGUGCCAUCUACUAGCUGAAAAUCCAAUCACAGUGAUAUUAUCUCGACUUGCUUUGUGAAGGGGUUUAACUCAAAGAUAGGAAGCACAUAAAAAUGAGUUUUAUUUCUAAAAUAACUUCUGUACCUGCUGAGGCUAAAAAGAGUCUUCAGUACAAGUGAUGGAUAGUCUGAGUCGUAGACUGCACUCAUUAUCCAGGCGAAUGCAUAAUUCAUUUGAUAAAUUAGGACUGUGGUUUGGAAUAAAGGCCACUAAUGGGGCUUAAUAUUGUCACCCAAAGCUUUGGGUUUUGAAGAGCCAAUAAAUGCAUGUUUGUAUUUCCUCAUAGUGCCGGGAAAUGUUGUCUAAAUGGAAAUAAAUGCCCCUCUGCACAAUAGGAUUUAAUGUGUUUCAGACUUGCCUUUAAUGAAGCACACAAAAAGACAUUAAAAGGGCUACAAAUCCUUCCUUAAUCUAGGAACAUAACCAUUUAAAAUUUAGGACUUCUGUAAUUCAACUUUUUUCUCAAUUUUGUGCUUAUGUAGAAACUUACAAAAUAUUUUCUUCUUGUGUCUUGUGUUCUAUUUGCAAACAAGACUUUAGCGUCUAGCUGUAUUAUUGUUGAAGGAAAUAAAAUGCACAUUCUUCACACUAUUAUGGCAUAGUUAUAGUGCUUUCAAGACCUACAGGCUGUUUGAAAUUAUUAUUUUUGAACCUGAUUCAUGUUUGCAAACUCUUUUUCUCUGUGUAAAUAAAAAUUUUUUUUUGUCUAUUUUAUCUUUCCAAAAGGCCCUUUUUUUUAUCUGACCUUAUAAGAAAAAAAUGUGCAGCUCAGACCAAAAUUAUUUACUGUUAUGAAAAGGUAAAGAUUUGUGAAAGAUGCACAUAACAUUGUGUAUCUGAAGUCCAGAAACAGUUUGUAUUCCAACACUACCUUCCACUUAUUGGCUCCAAUGGUAAAGAUAUAGAAAACCUAACAAUAAAGGUACGUUUUUAAAAUGCAAUCGCAUAAUGUCACUCUGAAUUUCUGGACCGGAAAAUAUCACUAUAAUAAAAAUAUUUUAAUAUAAAAUCAUGACCACAGUUAUUUGGCCGAAAGCAUCACAGAUCCUCAUGCAGCAGUGCGAAUCUGGUGGUUUUCCACGUGUUCAUGAUUUUUUGCUACACAUUAACUCGUCAAAUUAUUUGAGACUAAGUCAGUCUCUUCUGGCCAAAGCACAUGGUUACAGUUAAUUUAGCAACUUCGCCAAAAACCAAUGGCAUAUAGAUGACGUCUACUGGUUGCUAUGGAAACAAGAUGCCACCCUUGAUGCAGUUCUAACAGUGAGCUCACUCUUCCUCAAACCAAUAUCAGCUUGGGUCUUCAUCCAACUUGUCUGAAUUGAGGAUGUUUUACAAUACUUAUAAAAUAUCAUAAAGCAUUUAUAAUAUUUUUUUUAAUAAAUGCAACACCAAAGCCUAAAAGAAAAAUGUCAAAUAAACAAAGAGAUGGUUAAUCUUUACACAAAGGUGAGGUCACAGGCAUAUCCGUAUUUAUUUUAUUUGUUCAAACACAUAAAUAACAUCUGUACAUAUUUGGAAAGACCCAAUAUAUUUGGUACAAAAUCUUAAUUCCAAAACCACAACUCAGAGUAACCAUAAGAAUGAAACCCAAAGUUUCCCUGACUAACAGGCUAAAUACUUGAAGGCUUAGCCAGACAAUCCCUGCAUCGCUUUUAGUAAGUGCAUCAACUUCAAAACUGUAACUUCACUUAUCCCUGUUGUACUACAGUCUAAUAUUAAAUAUGCACAUUACAAUAAACACACAAUAAACAAACAUGAUUUCAAAUGGUCUGAGAGUGUUGGUGAUAAAAACCAAGUGCCAACUGGACUUUUGCAAAGACAUGCAACAGGAAUGAUGAUCAACCGCUGCUAAACUACUUGAGUUUCAACUCACCAAUUACACUGAGACAGAACUCUGCUUUGUUUUGCAAAACAGAAAAAGUCCCAAUUGCUCCCCUCACGCUGAAUGUUUUACAGCGAAUGUUUUACAGACGGUUGGUAACAACAAAGACGCUUUUUGUUGAGUAAAGUUUCCAAAUCAAAUUGCUUUGAAAAAGCUACUGGGAGCAAAAAAAAAAAAAAAUCACAUGCACCGAAUCAUUUUGUUUCA